AUGGAAUCCGGAACCAUCGUCGUUAGUCAUUCGCCAGCAGCCAUUCCGAGAGCAUUUCUGAAUGAACGUUCUUCUUCGAUGACCAUUCUUCCAUUGCAAGGCAAAUCACUACAACAUCCCCCCAGAAUGUCGCAAUUGGAAACUCUAGAAGCGAAGAUGGCAAAUAUUGAGGUUUCGCUGUGUGCAGGAACACCUAGACGAAGAAAGGGCACGUCCCUUGGAGGGUCUCUGUCAGCUCGCUCAUCCCCCAGACCCGAAGCGCCACCUUCACGCGAAUUGCGAACGGCUUUACAAGAUCGAGAAGCUGUUAUACAGAAUUUACGGUUACAACUCGGCCUGGGAAAGCUACCACGCCCGACAGGGCCACCGUUGGACGAUACGGAGCGACCAGUUGCCGAACAGCGACUGGCAAAGCUGAAAUCAGACGCCGAAACCAAACGGCAUGUGAUUAAAAAUCUAAAAUCGGCACUGGAGAAGCUCGAUGUGACAGACAAUAUUGAUGUACGAAUACGGCAGGCCGAACUGGAGUAUGCGCUUGGGCGGGAAGAAUUGCAGCUACUUUCGCUGGUCGAGGAAGCACGAGCCCUGCAGGGACGGCUAGACAAACCAAAGCAAGAACCAAACACCCUCUACGGGAUGCUACAAUCGGGCGCAAGCCUAAGUCUGCUUGCUAUCCGUGCGUCGACGGGUCGCUGGAACGCAAGUACCAGAAACGAGCAGCCCGGCUUCUGGGUAGACUGGGUGCUGGAAGGUGAAAGUCUACAGCGAGGCGAUCGUAUCAUUGAAAUCAACGGUAAAGCGAUCGGUGGCCGUAAUCGGGAAGAGAUGGCCCGUGCGAUUGGUUCUCACUCCAAGUCGGAAAUAGUGGUGGCACGUGCUAGGAAAGCACCGAGUGUGAACCAUUUAGCCCAUCAGUCACUGCAGCAAACGCAGGCCGAUAAUGUUCGACUGCAGCACCGAAUAUCGUACCUGGAGGAUCAGGUGAGGGAGUUGCUGAGUUCCAAAGACAGCGGAGUGAUUCGCAGUGGAGUGGCAGUGAACGGUAGUGGCGGUGCACAUAUUACUUCGAUCAGCAUCACCUCACCACCUUCGACGCCACCGGAAGGUAAAACACCGCAACCGCCUCACAUCUACAACUACAUCGAUGAAAAGGGAUCCUCGCCGCGCAAUGGCAGCCCGGGGCACGUCACAACGACCACCAUCAUAAAGGAGUGCGAUCGAAUCAAUGGCGAACUAACGAACGGGGGAUCGGAUGUGUUGAAGUAUAACUUGCGCAACUCGCUGUCAUCGUCCAAGAUCAGCAUCAAUGGCAAUGGGGGAGAUUCGCUGACGGCCCAGUACUACAAUCGCAAGGAAAGGGAUAAGCGAGAACGCGAGACACGGCGACAGGAUCGCGAACGCUAUCUGCAGCAGUUCGGGGCAAAGCUGCAGCGCAGCACCACCGAUCUCGAAAGCGACUGCGAUCGGAACCGCUUGCUGCAGCAUAGUCACAGCCGCAACCAUGCCCGUAGCGUAGAGCAUUUGAAUGGCGAACGGAAGCGUUUGGUAGCCGCGACCACGCACGAAACAGCCACGAUUGGCCGUCGUGGCGAUAUUCGGACGGUGAAAAGCUUGGACUUUGAGUCCGACACCAACGACCAAUACGCCUCGGAACCGUCCGGCCCGGUCGGCAAACAUGCCGGUGGUGUACGGCCAGCACCGCCCAAGAAACCGCUCCGUCUGUCGUUGCAACGUGCGCAGAGCUUGCAGACGGUAGACGGACUGAUGCUGGAAGCGAUAGCCGCCACCAACGGGCACGAUAGAAAGCGCGGCAUGAAACGAUCUCACAAGAGUGGCACCAAAGCAACCGAUCCGAGCGCGACGAUGACGUCCCAAUACAUUGAGAACAGUGUGCCGAUGCAGACGGCAUCGCUUGGACGGCAGAAAUAUAUGUAG